CGGGUUUCCCCCUAAUGAUAUUAUGCCUCCAACCUCAUCCAUACGUACCUAUCUUGCUCCAAAGCUACACCUUUAACGGGUUCCAAUAGUUCUUACUUUUGUCUUUUCAAUUGACUCAGCCCACCACACGAGAGAUCUUAUCUGUACCUGAAGAUGAAAUCUGAACCUGGAGAUCACAAAGCUUUGAUACUAGAAGCCUUGGAAUUGGCGAGGAAAUCCCCCCCAAAGCCAACAAACUUCAGGGUUGGGGCUAUCCUCUUAGACUCCUCUUCCAAUGAGAUACUUGCAACGGGAUAUACACUGGAGUUGCCGGGUAACACCCACGCCGAGCAAUGCUGCUUCAUGAAGCUGGCAGAGAAACACGGGGUGGCGGAGGAGAGGCUAUCCGAAGUCCUUCCUUCUUCCUUGGCGUUGUACACCACCAUGGAGCCCUGCUCGGAGCGACUGAGUGGAAAUCUGCCAUGUGUCGAGAGAGUCCUUCGCCUCGCAGGACGGAUAAGGACAGUCUAUGUCGGCGUGACCGAGCCGGAGAAGUUCGUCAGUAACACUGGCAGGAAAACUUUGCAGGAUGCCGGGAUAGACGUUGUUCAUAUUCAUGGACUUGAGAAGGAGAUCAUGGAGGUUGCGACAGCUGGCCAUGCCAAGGGCUAAACGCAGGUUGGGGGCGAUGCCUUCUCCAAUUCGCGGCAAAUCAGUUCAGAGCGGAGGUGUCAACCAUCUAUACUCCAUAAAGGGAUAAUGAUAAUAUACACUAUACAGGAUGCCAUCGUUGCCCUGCGGACCGACCAACGCCGGA